AACGAUUGAUUAGCGCUGUUCUUGUUCACUAUCAGUGCUCUGUAGUUGUCAAUUUCGUGUUUACCAGCGAUUCCUGUUUUUGCUCAUCCCAUAAUUAUCUUAAUUACCUCCCUGCAAAAUGAAUCCUUCCGAAUGGUUCAGCGAAAUAUCUGAACAGCUAUGGCCAAAUCAAUGUUUUUCUCUGAAGGUGAAAAAAGUUCUCCACGAAGAACGCUCCCGAUUCCAGGACAUCAAGCUGCUUGACACUUAUUCGCAUGGAACCGUUUUGGUACUGGACGGAAUCAUCCAGUGUACGGAGCGUGAUGAGUUUGCCUACCAGGAAAUGAUUUCAUUUCUUCCACUAUGCUGCCAUCCGAACCCCAAGAAGGUUCUCAUCGUUGGGGGUGGUGAUGGUGGAGUAGCUCGAGAAGUUGUGAAACAUCCACUAGUGGAGGAAGUGCACCAGGUAGAAAUUGAUGACCGUGUCGUGGAAUUAUCCAAGAAAUAUCUACCUUUUAUGGCAUGUGGCUUUGAUUCGCCUAAAUUGAAGCUGACGAUCGGAGAUGGAUUCGAGUAUAUGAAACAACGAGAGGGUGAAUUCGAUGUCAUCAUCACAGAUAGCAGUGAUCCUAUUGGUCCAGCCGAGUCCCUGUUCCAAGAAUCAUAUUUCGCUCUGGCUAAAAAAGCGUUGCGACCGAAUGGAAUAAUCUGCUCUCAAGGAGGUACUUUCUGGAUUGAUAUGGAACAUAUUAAAAGUACACUGGAUCACUGCAGGAAACAUUUCCCGGUGGUAGGAUAUGGAUUGGCAUCGGUACCGUCGUAUCCAACAGGUCAAAUAGGAUUCUUCAUUGCCAGUCUGAAUGAGAAUUCCAAGUUGAAUGAACCAACUAGAAUUUUUACUGACGACGAGAUCGACGAGAUGAAGAUGCGGUACUACACUACGGAUGUACAUCGAGCUGCAUUUACCUUACCAAGAUACGCUGCUAAGCAUCUGUCCUAGACAGCUGCUCUUGGGUGGUAGUUGACCAGCAUUUCCAACAUGGUACAAUUUAAAUGUAUGCACCUCGGAAUCUUUUUAUUCUUGCUCGUCUUAUGCAAGUUUUACAUAUUUUAUAAUAUACCUAAUCAAAACGUUA